AUGCAGGAUGAUGGCGAUGUCGGUGGCAAUGCCAAUUUGGCCAGCUUCGAUGUCGCAGGUGCACAGAGGUGCCUCGUGUCCGUGCUGAGCUUCAUCUUGUAUGCCAGAGGCUCCCUUCCCGAAGACUGCUUUCGGGCUGUUUCGAAUAAGCAGUGGGCCGAUCCAAAGAUCACGCAUGAGGGCCUCAUCAGCUCCGGCAAACCACUCUCUGUCUCUGGGCAACCCAGAGAGAUCAUACUGGCCCAAGAUGGGCCCUGCAUAUACCUACGGAACGCUGAGAACCACCGCUUGGCUGGGCUGCUGAAGGCCCUGGAACGUGUUUUUGCCGCUGUCGAGCAGCAGCGCCUUGGCAAAAUUCAAAUUUGCUUCACGGGGUCCAAGCUUUGGGACACGAGCGCAUUGAUCGAGUUCUAUAGCCUCAAACUUCACUACACUAAAAUGGGAAGCAUGCACAUCUAUAUCAGCUGGGGCGGCCAGUCUGACACCCCCAUUCCAACAGACUGCAGACAUCCAUUGAAGGAGUUCCUGAGGACGCGACCUCCCAUCCGGGGCACCUAUUAUACUUGCCCAUUCCUUUUCUCGAUCGAUGGAAAGCCCUUGGACGACAAACAGAGGUCUACUUUCCGCGACGGCGUUCAGACGGCGGUCUCUAUCUUGCAGGGCAAUGCAGAUGCGAGUGGAGGCCGGAUCGGCACGGUUGUCUAUUGGUCUACGGCUGAUUUGUUCGAGGAAGAGAAGCAAAAGGCCCGUCAAGCAGCGGAGGCCGAUCUGGCAGCGCAAUGGAGAGCCGAUUUCUUUCGGGAGGAGUAUGAAAUCCAUGACGAAGAUAAUAUCUCUUGGGGCCUUAACCAUCGGUCUUUGGGCCGAGCAGAGCAGAGUGCAAACUUCGACGAUGUUCCUGAUUGGCUCAGUGGCUACAUCCCGGGGCCAUCGCACAGCCCACAGAGACAGCUUGAUGCUGAGGUGCUUCAGCAGAAGUACGAUUGCAACCUGCCGAUCAAGGUUGCGAGCAAGUUCAGUGCCGUCACACGAAUCGGGCACUCUGGAUGA